ACUACACUUGACUACAUGCCACACCAUUCUACAAAAUACCACCAGUAGCCUAUCCAACAGAACUGAACAGCACUGGAUAUACUGAGACUUCACAUGGACCGGGACAUCACACUGGUAGUGGCUUUCUAAGGACAGCCCAUCCAGACAGGAAAAUGAAAAAACCUGCACUUAUACAUUAUUGAAGGACAGAAGUGCCUUCACAGAUAUCAUGACUCCUGGAGACUUUCUGGAAAAGUAUUAUAAUAAUUAAUGUCUCCUCUCUUGAAAGCUAUGGAUUGAGAAGUUGGCUCGGAGUGAGACAUAUUUCACAUUUAGUUCAAAGACAUUUGGUGGCAGGUCGUUUUUACACUCCAACUUUGAGAGGAUAAAUAUGUGAAACCACUCAGCUCUUCUCUGCUAUGCCUUUGAAAAAGUCACAGGGCAUCAAGAGGGACAGAGACAAACUACACCACGAUGGUGCUGUUCUUAGUUUCAGCAGCUCUUAUUACAAACAGUUCUUCUCAUGGAAACCUGACCACAGAGUCUCCAGCUCCUCAGGGCUCACAUGUGUUAGCCUCAGGCCUCGUCACCUCUCUCUUGCUCGUCAUCUUUCUUCUCCUCAUUGCCUAUAUUCUGAGGUUUAGAGAGCAAAGGAAGGAUCUUGUUGCAUCAGUUGACAAGAAGUUGCCAAAUGGCUUUUUGGAAGAUCAAGAACAAACAGUGGUGCUCCUCCCAAGAUCACCCUCUCCAUCAAAGCGUUAUUUCCCCAUGCCGCUUGACUUUCUGGAGGAAGAAUUUCGCCUACGCAUGGCAGAUGACAGCAAACUCUUCAGAGAAGAAUUUAAUUCUUUGCCUUGUGGUUUUGGCUGUGGUACCUUUGAAGAGGCAAGCAGAGAGGAGAACAGAGAAAAAAACAGAUAUCCCAAUAUUCUCCCCUAUGACCACUCCAGAGUGUUGCUUUCACACAUAGAUGGAUAUAUGGGCUCAGAUUAUAUAAAUGCCUCUUAUAUAGAUGGUUACAGAGAAAAGAACAAAUUUAUUGCAGCUCAAGGUCCAAAGCCAGAGACAGUGGGGGAUUUCUGGAGGAUGCUUUGGGAGCAGAAAUCUACUACAAUAGUCAUGUUGACCAACACAAGAGAAAGAAAAGAGGAAAAGUGCCAUCAGUACUGGCCUGAGCAGGGCUGCUGGAUCUAUGGCUGUGUGAGGGUGGCAAUGGAAGAUGUCACUGUCUUGGUGGACUACACGAUCAGGAAGUUCUUUGUGCAGCACCAUGCUGCUGAUGGUUGGAGACCUCCAAGGUUGGUUACUCAGCUGCAUUUCACCAGUUGGCCUGAUUUUGGUGUACCCCUCUCCCCUAUUGGCAUGCUCAAGUUUCUUAAGAAAGUCAAGAGUGUCAAUCCUGCCCAUGCUGGACCAAUAAUAGUGCAUUGUAGUGCUGGGGUUGGAAGGACCGGGACGUUCAUUGUGAUUGAUGCGAUGAUGGAUAUGAUGCACGCUGAAGGGAGGGUGGACGUGUUCGGCUUCGUAUCCAGAAUACGAAAGCAGCGUUGUCAGCUCAUCCAAACAGAUAUGCAGUAUUCAUUUAUUUACCAGGCACUUUUGGAGCACUACCUGUAUGGUGACACUGAGUUAGACAUUGCCUCACUAGAGGGCCACCUCCAAAAACUCCACAACACACACACACAUAUGGACCGAGUGGGACUGGAGGAAGAAUUCAGAAAACUGACUAAUGUCCGCAUAAUGAAGGAGAACAUGAGAACUGGAAAUCUUCCUGCCAACAUGAGAAAGAACAGAGUACUGCAGAUCAUCCCAUAUGAUUUCAACAGGGUAAUAUUAUCCAUGAGGAGAGGACAAGAAUUCACAGAUUACAUUAAUGCAUCUUUCAUAGAUGGCUACAGGCAGAAGGAUUACUAUAUUGCAACUCAGGCACCAUUGGUUCACACUGUGCAGGACUUCUGGCGCAUGGUUUGGGAAUGGAAGUGCCACUCUAUUGUCAUGCUGACUGAGCUUAAAGAGAGAGAGCAGGAGAAGUGUGUCCGUUACUGGCCAGUGGAGGGCGUUGUUUCAUUUGGAGAGUAUGCACUGGAGCUAAAGAGAGACACACUGUGUGAGACUUUCAGCAUUCGAGACAUGCUGCUUUCAUAUGAGAAGCAGACUCGCUUAAUCAGACAGUUCCACUUCCACGGCUGGCCAGAGAUUGGAAUCCCAUCAGAUGGAAAGGGAAUGAUUGAUAUUAUUGCUGCAGUGCAGAAACAACAGCAGCAAUCUGGAAACAACCCUAUAGUGGUGCAUUGCAGUGCUGGUGCAGGCCGGACCGGAACCUUCGUUGCCCUCAGUAACAUCCUAGAGCGGGUCAAAGCAGAGGGGUUACUAGACGUAUUCCAGACUGUGAAGAGUUUACGCACUCAGAGACCACAUAUGGUCCAAACUGUGGAACAGUAUGACUUCUGCUACAGAGUGGUACAGGAUUUUGUCGACAUCUACUCUGACUAUGCUAAUUUCAAAUGAAUGCCACUUACCAACAAAUAAUUUCUAUUAUAUUUAAACAGAAGGAAAAUAUUACUUAAACUCCAUGCUCUUGACAUUUCCUAUUCUUCUUAUUUGUAUGCAGUAUGGUAAUAUUUUGGAUAUGACCAGAAAUGUGGCUUUACCACAUCAAUUCUUUUGCAUUGUUUUUGUUACAUACUGUAUGUGUCAAUAUUCUGAUAUGCACAGAAAUAUUUUCUUUUUCUUUUUAAUUUGACCAGCAUAUUUUGUGCACAUUAACAUGAUUUACUACAAAAUGAUAUUGAAAAAUUGUUGUUGAUGUUCAUUUCUAUUUCCACGAUUGAAUAACUGUAAGGAAUUACAUUACCAGUACUUGUUCCUUCUAUUUAUCCUGCUGCUUGCUUCCCCGAAAAAUGUAGCAUGAUUAUUUGUGCGUACUUAUAUUAUAAGUUAUUAGGAUACAUCCAAAUUUGAAUUAUAAAGCAAUUCUUGGCCAGAUUCAGAUUUGUAUCAGCCAUGAUAUGUCAUUUGUACCAUAUAAAUGUUCUUCAUCUUUCACCUCAUCUGACAUAUCCUGACGAACCACUUAAUGAAACUUUAGCAGGCUUUAAAGUUUAUGUAGAGUAAUGCUCUUUAUUACUUCAAGCCAAUCAGCCAACCAAGAUAACAAGAUGCAACAGAGAUCCUGUUUGAGAUGCUAUAGGGACCCUUUUAAGUUAAUGGCAGGUUCAUAACAGACUAUAAAUAUGAUAAUACAAGGUCAGAUAUGGAUUAAAACAUAAGACUUUUUUUAAGGAAGUAACAAAUCUUGUAUUGAUAUUUGGUAGUUGCUACAUUUGAAGUCAUUAAUACAUGCUGCAGCAAGAGCAUUGUUUUGUGACACUUUCAUUAAGAGUUACAAUAGUUUUCUUUUAAUACCCCACUUUCUGUCUGCUCAUUUGUAGAAUAAGGUCAAAGAUAAAGUCCUCUGUGCCAUCAAAACCUUGUUCUUUCAACAGGGUGAUAAAUUAUGGAGAGAAAUUGACUUACAUAUAUGCCUUAAUUGUACAACAUUAUUCCUGGUUAACA